GGCAAUGGUAAUAGUCUAUCUCCCGAAUCUGUGUCCAGGAGAAGGAAAAAGAGAACCAGUAUAGAAACUAACAUCAGAGUGGCCCUGGAAAAAAGCUUUCAACAGAAUCCCAAACCAUCCUCGGAGGAAAUCACUUCUGUUGCAGACACACUAAAUAUGGAAAAAGAGGUUGUACGAGUGUGGUUUUGUAAUAGAAGACAAAAACAGAAGAGGAUUAAUCCUCCAUCAAACUACAAUCCUCAGUUGUCUUCCCCUCUUUCUCCACCAAUCACACCUGUUCAAGUGAUGGCCACACCCACAAAUCAAUUAACCACACCCACCUCUCAAGCCACCAUGACGCUUCCAACAAUCAUCAGUACUUCGACAGGCGCCACUCUUGUGGCUGCAUCCACGCCCUCUUCAGUGCCAGGAACUAAUCAGAACUUUAUUAUGGCCAAAAUCACACCUGCUUCUACCUCGGGAUCCAAUCAGGUCAUUUUGACACAAGCAUUACCAACUACAGUAUCUACCGCCCAGGGAAUUUCUUUACAACCUACACAACAAAUUAUUCCCCCUCAGAAAAUAGAAUUCACCACUUCAUAAGGAUUCUUAAAUUGGAGAUGUAUUUUUUAGAAUAUUUUGUAAAACAUUCCAAAAAAUUAAAGAAGGAAAAACCAAAUAGAACUGAAAUAUAUUUUUUAUGAAAAAGACUUUUUAGUUUAUUUUUACUUGAUGCAUUUGAUGUAAAUAAUUAUAAAAAAUGCCAAAGAACCUGAAAUGUGGGCAUGUACUUUAUGUAAAUACAUUUAUAUGUUUUGAAAUAGAUUUUGUCUUCCAGUUUGUGAUUUCACCCACUUAAAAGGGUGUGUUAUCUGCUGGACAUUAUUCAAUUCUUUAGUAGGUAGUGAAAUGCAUUUUGUAUCAAAACUUCGCUAGAACUGUCCUCAAGUUGACUGUUACAAAUAUAUACCAUUGAUCUCACUAUAUCACUAUUAAGGCAUAAAACUACUGAAGUAAUUUGUCAGUUAGCUCUCAUCUUUCUUAUGCUGACCUUGUUUUGAAUGGCAUAUU